AGGGGCGGUGCGGUAGCAUAUCCCUCCGCCGGCCCUCCCCCGCGCGGCCUCGGCGCCCCUCCCCGUGGGCCGCUCUCGCCGCCCUGCGCCUCAGACUGUUUUGGUAGCAACGGCAACGGCGCGUCCCAGCCCGGCUCCCGACGACUGCUCCGUGUCAGUGGGCCUCCCCGCCCCUUCGUCGUCCUCCUCCUGCCCCUCGUUCCCGGGGCCGCGCCAGCCCGCGCCUGUCCGCUCGGCGUCCGCGCGUCCCCGCCGCGCUCCGGCGUCUCCUCUGCGUGCCCGGUUCCCGGCUGUCCCCGCCCGGCGUGCGAGCCGGUGUAUGGGCCGCUCACCAUGUCGCUGAAGCCCCAGCCGCAGCCGCAAUCUCCGCAGCAGCCGCCUGCGGCCGCCAGCACCCGUAAGCCCGGGGGCGGUCUGCUCUCGUCGCCCGGCGCCGCGCCGGCCUCGUCGUCCUCCGCGUCGUCGGCCUCGGCCCCGCCGGUGUCGUCUUCCUCGGCAGCCGCCGGCAGCGGGCGCCCGGGCCUGGGCAG